UGAACCGUUAUGUAUAAGAGUCAUUUACAACGGUUUUUGAACCGUUAUGUAUGAGCGUCUCUAAAAACUGUUAUGUAUAAUUUUUUUUAUUAAUUUUUUUAAAAUAAUUUUCUACAUUCUUAUAUUAUAUUAAAAAAUAACAAAUAAAUUAUUUAUCCUAAAAUUUGAAUUUAUUCCUAGAUAUAGACUUUGAAAAAUAAAAAAUUCAUAACAUUUUUUUUAUUUUAUCAACACUUAUAUAAAAUGUAAAUUAAAAAUCUAAAUUAGAAAUCUAAAUACCAAAAAUUGAAUAUUAAAAGUGAAAAAAAGAAAAAAAGAAAAAAAUUUAGGAAAUUUAGAAAUUAACCCCCCCCCCCCAAACUAGAAGCCCUAGUUUUGUUCGUCCUCUCCUCCCUGUCUCUCUCGACUCUCUCUCUCCCCUCUCGACUCCGCCGCCGGCGCCGCUGCCCCGAGCCAGCCCGUCGCCGCCCACCCUUGUCGCGCUGCGUCGCGCCGCUGCCGCCCACCCUCGCUGCGUCUCAUCUCCUCCCCAAAUCUCUCUCUCUCUUCGCGAUCUCUCCCUCUUUGAGAGAUAGUCGCCGCCGCUGCCGAGGCAAGUUCCGGCCAUAGAAGCACGCCGGUAAUUACUCUUCGCGCCGCUACGCUGCUGCGGACUAGGGUUUUUGCUUCUACCGAGAAUGCUUUUUUGAAGCAGCCUAAGGUGUUUCUUUGGUGAGUUUGUGUUUGCGUAAUGUUAGAUUUGUUGUAGAGGAAAGAAUCCUGUUGACAUCUAUUUUUGCUACAUUAUAUUGGAAUUGAUUCCUAAAUUCUUUACAAAUUACAACUUGUGUGGCUUUUUUGUGUACUCCCCUGUUGUUUUAUGACUUCCUCUCCACCUUCUGGUUUCAGAAUGUGAGUAGCUGAAUGUCGUGCUGUUAAACUAGUCUUCCUAAUUCUCGAGUCUCUGUCUGGAGACUGGAGCCAUAUUGGUGUGUGAAUGCAGGUUGUAUUUCUUGAAUAUGUGCAGGUGUCUGUUUGUUUAAUACCCAUGCUGUCGGAGUGCGUCGACCUGCCCCAUGAUCUUGCUCUACAGAUAUGGUAUGUAUAAUUUAAGAGUAAAGAGAUGUCGAAAGUCAACAGCUUGUUUCUGGAGAAAGGGUUGUGGGAAUUUUGUAUUAUGUGAUGCAAACUUGCUAGGUGAGACGUACAAUUUAUUUGCAUUUCCAUCGGAGUGUAACUUCUCAGGUCUUAGAUUCAACCUUGACCUGGUUAAUUCCAUAAAGGAAGGUUCUUAUCAAAUGCCCGGAACUUCUCCAACUCAGAGUGGUCACUGGAUGGUCCUGAUUGAUGCAGCAAAAGGAAGUUCAACAUGCCCCCCUGAUUUGUCAAAAUACAAGGCAGACUUUGUUGUGGUCUCAUUUUAUAAGCUAUUUGGCUACCCAACUGGAAUUGGAGCUCUUAUUGCUCGAAACGGUAGACUUGUGUUUCUUCUCUGA